AUGAGGAAGUACAUUGAAGAAGAAACCAUUGAAGUGCAAGGAAACUGCAAUGCCAUCAUCCAAAAGCUUCUCCCACCAAAGUUCAAAGAUCUGGGAAACUUCACUAUUCCAUGCACUAUAGGAAAGUUGGCUAUUGGAAAGGCUUUAAUUGAUUUAGGAGCUCGCAUUAAUUUAAUGUUCUUCUCUAUGUUCAAGAAGAUUGGAGAGUUGCAACUCAAAUCUACUCGAAUGACUCUACAAUUAGUAGACAGAUCCAUCAAAUACCCACAUGGAGUGGUGGAGGAUGUGCUUGUGAAGGUUGACAAAUUUCUAUUCCUGGUGGAUUUUGUUAAAAUGGAGAUGGAUGAGGAUAUGGAAGUUCCUCUCAUCCUUGGAAGGCCUUUCAUGAAGAUGACAAAAGUGCUUAUUGAUGCAGAUGAUGGCAAACUCAAGUUAAGAGUUCAAGUUGAGGAAGUAAACUUCAAGGUCUCUGAAGCCAUGUCCCACCCAAAUGAUGAUGAAGCAUGCUUUCAAAUUGAUGUACUUGAGGAAGUGUGCAUGAGUGUGGAGAGGAAAAUGCAUAUGACAAGUUUCUCUCAUCCUUGGUGGACAAAUGCAUGGUGGAUAUGA